GUUGCUGUUCUGUGGAGAAGAACUCACAUGCACCUGCAAAGCUUUCGGAUUUUAUCAACGCAAAUAUUAGAAAAGUAUUUUAAGUCAGUUGUUUGUCUGGAAAAAAUGUAAAAGUACACAAUAUUUGGUGAUAUCAAAGAAAAGCUCAUUACACAGGCAUAAUCUUAAUUAAUGUACAAUAGGGAAUUAUACAAACAUACAUUCGUCCCCUCGAUGGCACAAAAAGGUGGUGCUAUGUAAUAAUGCUUAAAAAAUAUUCUAUACGAUUCAUAUAAACGAUUCAUACAUGCACAUGUAUGUGGAAUUACGUAACGAAGCAUCUUUAAAUCACAUUAAAUGAAUGAAAAAGUUUCUCAUAAACCAAAUUCUCUUAUCCAUAGCAAAUCCACGCGGCUUCUGUCAACACAACGACUCUCGCGAGAUGUUCUGGCGCCGCGCACCACAAGCAGGAGCGUCUAUGGAGCUGUGAGGGCAAACCGGGAGACGCACCGGGUUAGCAGCGGAAGACGCGGGGUGAGAGAGGGUAACCGUGAGAGGGAGGAGCUUUGCUGAAAGUCGUCAUAUCGGUGUGCUGUCAGAAGCUGAGCGGCGGUUCCUGGGAUAAGGAACUACCGCUGCCGUUUCGCGGUUAGUAUCAUAAUAUAAUUCCCCAUAUCGAGACAACACUCUUGCAGUGAGCACUUGACUGUGCUCUCUCUAUGUAGGCGUGGUUCUCCGUUCUCCGCCGUCCAUCCGUGCUCCAUUCGAGCCUUUAAGGAGGACGCUCGGGGAAGGCGAGGGAAGCCCAUUGGUCUCCCUACCAGCGCCAGGCUGAGUCACUGUCGAGGAGUGGGAAGAUCUGGAGAGCAAGAGAGAGAGACACCAUCACGGAGAGAGAGAGAGCAGGGGAGAGAGGAAAGCACGGAAGGAGGGGAAAAACGCUACACAACGCCUUUGAGAGCGGAGCGAGAGAGGCAGCCAGUGAGCAGGAACGCCAGAGAGAGAGAGCGAGAAAGAGAGCAGCAGUGAGGGAGGGAGACUCUGAGGCUGGGUGAGCUGACCCCCCCUCUCUCCUCUCCUACUUUCCCCCCGCUCAUCACUCCUUCAGGAGCUGGUGUGUAGGAGCGACGAGUUCAGUGGCAACAUGAACGAUGUCACUAUCGUUAAAGAAGGCUGGGUACAGAAGAGGGGUGAAUAUAUUAAGAAUUGGAGACCUCGCUACUUCCUGCUGAAAACCGAUGGAUCCUUUAUUGGAUACAAGGAAAAGCCACAGGAUGCAGAUUUACCAUAUCCACUCAAUAACUUCUCUGUUGCAAAAUGCCAGCUGAUGAAAACAGAACGACCAAAGCCGAACACUUUUAUUAUUAGAUGUCUACAGUGGACUACAGUCAUAGAGAGAACCUUCCAUGUGGACAGUCCAGAAGAAAGGGAUGAGUGGGCAGAGGCGAUUCAGAUGGUGGCAGAUAAACUCCAAAGGCAGGAGGAGGAACGUAUCCAGUGUAGUCCCACCUCACAGAUAGACAACUUGGGAGAAGAGGAGAUGGACACGUCUAUUAGUCACCACAAACGCAAGACGAUGAGUGACUUCGACUACUUGAAAUUAUUGGGGAAAGGCACUUUCGGUAAAGUCAUUCUUGUAAGGGAGAAGGCCAGCGGGAAAUAUUAUGCAAUGAAAAUUUUGAAGAAGGAGGUUAUUAUAGCAAAGGAUGAAGUGGCCCACACGCUCACGGAAAGCCGAGUGCUGAAAAACACCAGACAUCCUUUUUUAACCUCUUUGAAGUACUCAUUCCAAACGAAAGACCGGCUUUGCUUUGUGAUGGAAUACGUCAAUGGAGGAGAGCUGUUUUUCCAUUUGUCGAGAGAACGGGUGUUCUCCGAGGACCGCACGCGCUUCUACGGCGCCGAGAUCGUUUCCGCCCUCGACUACCUGCACUCUGCCAAGAUAGUGUACCGGGAUCUCAAGCUGGAGAACUUAAUGCUUGAUAAAGACGGUCACAUCAAAAUUACAGACUUUGGCCUCUGCAAGGAAGGAAUCACGGAUGCUGCUACCAUGAAGACCUUCUGUGGAACACCAGAGUAUCUGGCACCAGAGGUUCUGGAGGACAAUGAUUAUGGUCGUGCAGUGGACUGGUGGGGUCUGGGUGUGGUCAUGUAUGAGAUGAUGUGUGGUCGACUGCCUUUCUACAAUCAGGACCAUGAGAAGCUCUUUGAGCUCAUCCUAAUGGAGGAUAUCAAGUUUCCCAGAACGCUUUCUUCUGACGCCAAGUCCCUGCUGUCGGGCCUGCUCAUCAAAGACCCCAACAAGAGACUUGGUGGAGGACCGGAUGAUGCUAAGGAAAUUAUGCGUCAUAGUUUCUUUGUUGGAAUAAACUGGCAGGAUGUCUAUGAUAAAAAGCUGGUACCUCCCUUCAAGCCUCAGGUGUCAUCAGAGACAGAUACCAGAUACUUCGAUGAAGAGUUCACAGCUCAGACGAUUACAAUAACCCCUCCUGAAAAAUUUGAUGAAGACGGGAUGGACUGCAUGGAUAAUGAGCGAAGGCCACAUUUCCCCCAGUUCUCUUACUCGGCCAGCGGGAGAGAGUGAACGCCCCCCGGCCCGCACUGCCUCAUCUCAUCAAAGUCACCACUGGAACAAAUGAGGUCUUCAGCUUCUAACAGCCCCAGCCCUAUCGACGCUCCAUCAUCCAUCUUGGUUCUUUCAUUUGUUUAGCUAGACCAAGUGAAACUUCUGUUUUAGGGUUUACGGGAAUUUGCACGCUGGGUCGGACCGAGUCCCGACCCGUUCUGACGUCUUCAAAGCUCCAGCCCAAAGGUUGGGUGACGAUGGGAGAACUUUUGCUGUUUGUUAGGAGUCUGUUUACUUUUUGUGUUUCUCUGUUUGGAUGGAGAUGUCACUUCACAUUCCUUAUGAGAAACUAGUCUUCGAAGUCACAACUUUUGGGUUCGGAAAUACGUAACUGCAUGGCUAGAGAUUCACAUGGGUUUACGACCGCAUCUCUCGGGUACAUUAAGCUGCUUUGAUAUUACUGUUUUUAAGGUUCAUCUUCUGUUAUAUAAAGUCAAAACUGCCAUAUACGGUUAACUCAGGCUUUACAGAGAACAUCUGUGUUCAACUCCGUCGACAGGACUAGCUUUACCCCUGCCCCACCCCGCGCCACACACAUCCUGCCUCAGUCAUUCACAAUCCAGUAUUCCUCUCUCUCUAAAGCCCUGUGAACCUGAGCUAUGCAGAACCAAACCACCUUUUAGUACAGAAUGAUCUGCUUUUAUUUUUAAAAACAUGUGUUCAUGAAAGGCUUUAUUUCUGACAUAUCAGUCCCUAGGAUGUACUUUUCUGGCGUUGAAAAUAACAUUAUCGAGUGAUUUGAAAUAUUUAAUGCAGAUACAGGCCAGUGACAUGUAUGUGUUGGACCGCAUAUGAUAUUAACAGGUGGUUUAAGGAAAGCACUUCUUAUGAUCGUAUCAGUGUUCUGACCAACGCUCAUGAUUUCCAAACAGCCAAAAACAGAAACCCCUUCCACCUAACAGAGGAUCUUUAUCAAAGCCAGCAUUAGUAGAAUGACAGGGAAAGCACUAAUAUAAUGUUUUAUAAAAAGAAGAAAAAAAUGUGAUUGAGAUAAUAUAUUUAUUCUGUUUUUGUUCUCCUUGCGUUUGUCGAGAAUGCUCCUCUCGGAACGAAAAAGCUCCUAAAACGCUUCUGAAUGUAGGUAGGUCAACGCAAAGGCCUUUAGGUUUUUCGACCAGCUUUCAUUUUUGACACCAGUGUAGUAUUAUUCCUUCAUUUCCAAAAAGGACUUUUUUAACUUUCUUGACAUUUUGAGUAUUGUUGAAAUGUGUCGGUCGUCUUUCCACCAAUGAAAGGGCUGCAAAAAACGAUGUUCCCAAAAGCAAAACCAAUUCCUAUGGCUUGUCUGGCAAUAUGUAACUGUAUGUCGAAGUGUGUAAAGAAAGCAUGACCGUGCGCAGUUGUGUUGUAUUUUCUUCUGCUUGAUCAUAUGAACAGAACGCUGCACAUGUUACUCCUUUAAGAACCAGUUCGGUUUCACAAUUUGGCAUUCGUGACAUGCUGCAGCGCUUUGACACCUAACAUGAAAUAUGAUGUCAUCUUCACAUUCCUUCUACUGAAUCAGUCCAGCCGGUGGAAUCACAAAUCAGUUAACCAAUCAGAGCAAAAACAUUGAAAUAAAAAACGAGCGUAUGAAUUUGAAUUACAAGCACUGGGUCUGGUUGCAGAAGGAGGAUUUACUCUUCCCUCAGUUGAUGCUUGAUCAGAUCAGGGAGAAGGGGACAAGGGAAGGGUCUAUGAUGAAUUACGUAUAAUCAUUUUCAUACACAAAACAUUUUGUGUGCCCUCAAUAGUGUUUGGCAAUAAAACCUUGUUUUGUGAA